AUGGAUACUGAUGAUUCAGUUUCAUCACUUGUUACAAUUUGUAAUGAUGCAGAUAAACAUGCUAAAGAAAAAGGUCCUAUUAUGGAACAAGAUAUCGAUGGUUUAGAAUAUUCAUCAGAAGAAGAAUAUACUAAACGAAAUGAAGAUCUUGAGAAUAUAUCUUCUAUGGGUAGUAAAAAAUCAAAAUUAUUUUUUUAUACAGAUAUAUCCGAAAUAGCUAACAUGACCGAAGCCGAAGUUGCUGCUUAUCGAAGAGAACUUGAUAAUAUUAAAAUAGUUGGUAAACAAUGUUCAAGACCAAUAAAAACAUGGUCACCAUGUAUAACAUCGGAUAAAUUUUUACAAAUUUUAAAAAAACACAAAUAUGAAAAACCAACACCUAUUCAAGCUCAAGCAUUACCAAUUAUUCUUUCUGGUAGAAAUAUGAUUGGUAUUGCUAAGACAGGUAGUGGAAAAACCUUAGCAUUUCUUUUACCAAUGUUUCGUCACAUAAUCAAUCAACUACCAGUAGAUCGUGGCGAUGGUCCAAUAGAGAUUAUUGUAUGUACAUCUGGACUUUUGGUUGAUAUGUUAACUGCUAAUAAUGGAAGAAUAACAAAUCUUCGACGAGUCACGUAUGUUGUUGUUGAUGAAGCUGAUCGAAUGUUUGAUAUGGGUUUUGAAUCACAGAUAAUUCUUGCUGAUGAUGAAGAAAAAUAUUUAAAAUUACUUGAAUUACUUGAACAUUGUGAUGAAUUAAUGAAAAAAUUAAUGAAUUAUCAUUAUCUAUGUAUGUCAUUACAUGGUGGUAUUGAUCAAUCUGAUCGUCAUUCAAUAAUAACAGAUUUUAAAAAUGACGAUAUACCAUUAAUAAUUGCAACAUCAGUUGCUGCACGAGUUUUAGAUAUUAAAGAUUUAAUUCUUGUUGUUAAUUAUGAUUGUCAAAAUCAUUAUGAAGAUUAUGUACAUCGUUGUGGACGUACAGGUCGAGCAGGUAAUAUAGAUUAUGCGUAUACAUUUCUUACACGAGCACAAGAACAGAAGAAUUAA